UACUUAGCAGAUCGAACGCUUCCUGGCUUGAACGCCUGUAAUUCACCAGAGGCUGAAGACAUGUGCAAUGAAUGUACAUCGGUACAUCCAUUCUGCGAAAACACGCAGAGCAUGACUGUUUCCUUUUGUACAGAUUUAUGCCACAGACGAGGCUUUCUCUACUCAGGAUUAGAGGCGGGAAAUCAAUGUUUUUGUGGAAAUAACUUUGAUCCAUUAAAUCCGCCGAAUGGUAAACCACCGAAUAACGAUAAUUGUACUGAACCUUGCUCAGGCGAUUCAAGUCAGAUUUGUGGCGGAGAAUUGCGAAUAAUUAUUUACAAAAAUGACGACUUCAUGAACUGUUCAACAUCAAUUGACUUCAGUAAUGGUACCGUUACUCCGAAACAAGACAAAUAUGCUUCUGGAACAACUGUACAGUUUACAUGCAAUGACGGAUUCUACCAAGUGGGACCUACUAAUUCAUACUGUUGGUACUCAGGCGAAUUCAGUCACGUGUCUAAAGAUGCACAGCCCAGAUGCAUAAGAGAAUGUUUUGAGAUACACCAUAAUAGCAUUACUGAAGUUAACCGAACGGUUCAAUACCCAGGAUUUUUCAUUGUUGGAGAUACAAUAACUUACGUAUGUAGUGUAGGUUAUGAGUCAGUUUCUGGUGUUUCAGUUGGUAACGUAGAAUGUAGAGAGGAUCGAAUUUGGACAACAAACUUGCCAGUAUGUGAAGGUGUUUCAUGUGGAAAUCCUGGAACUCCAAAUCAGGGUGAACUCAUUGGUGAAAAGUUUUUCUACCCAUACAGUGUUAGCUACAUAUGUCAACCUGGAUACAUUAUUUCCGGGUCUACAGCCAGGACGUGUCAAUCAGAUAAGGCUUGGUCGGGAACAUUACCAUCGUGCAAUCCUAAUGACUGUAGUAACUUGGACAACAUCGAAAAUGGGAUGACUUUCUAUACUGGUACAACAUUCGGCAUGAAUGCUACUUAUACGUGUGACAUCGGCUAUAAUAUAAAUGGAGAGAUGAUCAGAAUUUGUGAAGCAACUGGACUUUGGUCUGGGUCACCUCCCACUUGUGAAGUUGUCAGCUGUGGCGAUCCUGGUUUAAUACUAAAUGGAAUAAGGAUGGGUGCUAACGAAACUUACGGAAGCACAGUAACCUACGUCUGUAACACUGGAUAUAACCUGGUGGGUGCUGCAAGUGUCAUAUGCCAAUCUGAUGGCACAUGGUCACAGAGCGCCCCUGUUUGCCAAGUUGUUAAUUGUGGGAUAGUUUCUGUAGGAGAAGGGGUAUUCGUAAAUGGCGGUAUUUUCACUUACAAUACUGUCCUAAUGUUCAUAUGUGACAGAGGAUACAAUAAACUAUCAGGCGAUACCACUAGGACAUGUCAGUCUGACGGCAACUGGUCUGGAAAUGACUUGGUGCAGGAGAUUUUAAAACUGUUGGAGGAAGAGCCGUCUGAGGAUUUGUUGAAUAAGCUUACUAAGAGUAAUCUUUUUGAAGUAGCACAGCACUAUAAUUUUGAAGUACGAUCGGCGGUGAGGAAAGCCGAGAUUAAAAGGCUUGUUGUUGAGCAUUUAGUGGAUGAAAGUGUGCUUCCAGAUAUAUUUAUGACAUACUUACCUGAGGUACUCCCAGUCGUAUCUCCUGAAAUAAGAAAAUUGGAACUUCAACUUAAGCUGGAGCAAGAACGAAGAAAACUUGAACGUGAUAAAUUGAAAGCUGCAGUACAAAUGAAGGAGUUGGAAUUACAGAGCAUAUCGACGUCCGUCACGCACAUUCAGUUUGAACCCAGCCGAGUUAUUCGUUUGGUUCCACCGUUUCAGGAGAAGGAUGUCGAUAAAUAUUUCCAACAGUUUGAAAAAGUUAAAGCUUUGAUACUGAAAGGUUACGAGCUUGUACCCGAAGCAUACCGACAAAAGUUUCGAGAGUAUAAGAAGUUGGAUAAGGAAACCUAUGUGGAAUUCUCACGUGAAAAAGAAAUUUUGUUUGAUAGGUGGUGUAGUUCAGAGGACACUAAGUCUAACUAUAAUGCUCUUAAACAAGAAUUUAAAUGUUGUGUACCUAAUGUUGUACGAACCUGUCUGGAUGAACAUAAGGUUAAAGAUGUAUACGAGGUUGCAAAAUUGGCCGAUGAAUAUUUUCUUGUUCAUAAGCAUGAGUUAAGUAAGUCUGAUCAUGUUCAAUCACGUGAUUCAGCUCAACCAAAAGAACAUCAUAAGGAAAGUUCCUAUGUUCAUCCAUCUACACGUAACUUCCACAAUACGCAAUCUGAUAGUAGGAAGUCGAGGUUCGAUGAUACAUGUUUACAGCCUGUAAAAAUUCUACGCGAUACCGGUGCAUCCCAGAGCCUAUUAUUAGCUGGUAUUCUUCCACUCUCUGAGAAGUCGUCCACAGGAGCCAAUGUCCUUAUAAGUGGAGUAGAAUUUGGCUCUACUAGUGUCCCACUCCACAGAAUUAAUUUACAGUCUGCUUUGGUAACGGGGUCAGUUUUGGUUGGUGUAAUGCCUUCCCUGCCUGUCGGAGUGCCUAAAAAUGUACAGCCCAGAUGCAUAAGAGAAUGUGUAGAGUUAAACCACGAUAGCAUUACUGAAUUUAACCGAAAGGUUCAAUACCAAGGAUAUUUCAUUGUUGGAGAUAUCAUAACUUACAUAUGUAGUGUAGGUUAUGAGCCAGUUUCUGGUUUUUCAGUUGGUGAUGCAGAAUGUAGAGGGGAUCAAAUUUGGGCAGCAAACUUGCCAGUAUGUGAAGGUGUUUCAUGUGGAAAUCCUGGAACUCCAAAUCAGGGUGAACUCAUUGGUGAAAAGUUUUUCUACCCAUACAGUGUUAGCUACAUAUGUCAACCUGGAUACACUAUUGUUGGGUCUACAUUCAGGACGUGUCAACCAGAUAAGACUUGGUCGGGAACAUUACCAUCGUGCAGUCCUAAUGACUGUGGUAACUUGGACAACAUCGAGAAUGGGAUGACUUCCUAUACUGGUACAACCUUCGGCAUGAAUACUACCUAUACGUGUAACAUCGGCUAUAAUAUAAAUGGAGUGAUGAUCAGAACUUGUGAAGCAACUGGACUUUGGUCGGGGUCACCUCCCACUUGUGAAGUUGUCAGCUGUGGCGAUCCUGGUUCAAUAAUCAAUGGAAUAAGGAUGGGUGCUAACGAAACUUACGGAAGCACAGUAACCUACGUCUGUAACACUGGAUAUAACCUGGUGGGUGCUGCAAGUGUCACAUGCCAAUCUGAUGGCACAUGGUCACAGAGCGCCCCUGUUUGCCAAGUUAUUAAUUGCGGGGAUCCAGGCACACCGACCAAUGGAGGAAAAAAUGGUAGUGACGAAACUUAUGGAAGCACUGUAACUUACGUAUGUGACAAUGGAUACAACCUUAUUGGUACUGCCAUGGUCACAUGUCAGUCAAAUGGAACAUGGUCAAAUAGCACACCAACAUGUCAAAUUGUCGAUUGUAUGCAUCCAGGAAAUCCUCUCAACGUUACCGUAGAUGUUAGUGAAACAACGUACGGCGCUAUUGUAACAUACAGUUGUCUACCCGGUUAUAGUAUCAGCAGUGGAAACAACUGGCGAACGUGUGGUGCUGAUGGCUCAUGGACAGGCAUUGAACCAACUUGUUCAGGAUUCUAA